GACGAUUUCCAGUGACAAACAAACAAGGAGUAGUGAGUGCUAGCUUGCUAACUAACUAGCUAGCUAGCUAGCAUCAUGCUACAGCAAAUGCAUGUGGCAGCCGACACUGUGGGUCUUUUGCUGCUGCAGUGUGAGGAGAAAAUUGGUCAUUGUGAGAAGGGUUUGCUGGAUCUGACCCUGGCUACAAGAAGACGUGGAAGUGUGAAAUUCAUUUGAAAGGGUUGCACGGCUGGAGCUGCAAUAUAAAGUAAAGAUGCUCAUCUUUCAGCAAUACCCUGGUAAGAAUCAGAAACAGGUUCAUGAGUACGAGAAACUAUUGCAGAGUGGCAGGCAGGGGACUGCGCCCAGUCAUGGCGGACCACAGAAACAAGAUCCGACGAGCCGCACAGCAGGAGACGAAGGAACAAAUGGACAUAAAGGACAGUUUAUUAUUCCAACACUCCGCCUUUGCCAAGCCGACCCUUUUUGUGGAGAUGAGAGGGAUGUCACUAUCGCUGCAGCCUGACGUGUUAAAUAACCGUGCAAUGGGAUCCUCAGUAAAUGGAUGUACUGGUGGAGGACGCAUGAGGACAGCGCUCAAAUUCGAGGAGUUUUUUUGCCGUGUCGUAAGUAGAGGUCUGGAUCUGAUAGUUGUGCUGUGUGGGCUCUACGGGGACGUGGUUUAUGGAUGCUGCUGUGACUAUGAGCAUAAGCGACAAACGGGGCUACUUAGUGGACCUAGGAGGCAGCUUCACUGAGGACGCUCCCAGACCUCCAGUCCCUGGGGAAGAAGGUGAGCUGGUGUGCAGCGAUGGACGCCAGCAAAACAACCUCAGCCUUAAAAGCGAGGCCUCUGUGGCGACGCCCAGGCGGCCUGACUUGGACCUGGGUUACGAGCCGGAGGGAAGCGCUUCCCCGACGCCGCCUUACUUAAAGUGGGCAGAAUCUCUUCACUCCCUGCUGGAUGACCAGGAUGGCAUCCUCCUGUUCAGGAUGUUCCUCAAGCAGGAGGAGUGCGCAGACAUGCUGGACUUCUGGUUUGCUUGCAGCGGCUUUCGCAAACUUGAAGCGAACGAGGGUUACGAGGAGAAGAAGGUGAAACUAGCAAAAGCUAUUUAUAAGAAGUACAUCCUGGACAACAAUGGGAUCGUGUCCAGGCAGAUCAAACCGGCUACUAAGUCCUUCAUCAAAGACUGUGUCCUGAAGCUUCACAUCGACCCCGCCAUGUUUGACCAGGCUCAAACUGAAAUCCAGACUAUGAUGGAGGAAAACACAUACCCUUUAUUCCUUAAGUCUGACAUAUACUUGGAAUAUACACGGACAGGAGGAGAGAGCCCAAAGCCAUACAGCGAUCACGGCUCCGGUUCUGGGAAUGGAGAGGGGCUGUCAGGUUAUUUACCGACUUUAAACGAAGACGAGGAGUGGAGGUGCGACCAGGAGCCAGAGGAGCCGCCCGAGUCCGACCCCACACCGAGCAACCGGCUUACGCAGAAGCUGCUAAUGGAGACGGCGUCGCAGCGUGUUGCCAACAGUUCCAGAUUCCAGGACAGUCACGAGUUCAGGCAUGCACCAUGUCGGGAGCCAAUCAACCCGUACUAUGUCAACACUGGUUAUGCUUUGGCUCCGGCCGCCAGCGCCAAUGGUAGUGAGCAGCAGAGUAUGUCCAGCGACACAGAUACGCUUUCUCUAACCGACAGCAGCGUAGAUGGGGUUCCACCCUACAGAUACCGAAAACAGCAUCGGCGGGAGAUGCACAAGAGUGCCAAAGCAAAUGGACGAGUGCCACUACCUCAUAUUCCACGCACAAACCGGAUUCCAAAGGAUAUACAUGUGGAACCGGAGAGGUUCGCCGCAGAGCUGAUCAGCCGACUGGAGGGGGUACUGAGGGAGAGGGAGGCUCAGGAGAAACUGGAGGAACGUCUGAAAAGAGUACGACUGGAGGAAGAAGGGGAUGAAGUCAACACGUCCACAUCCACAUCACUGUCUGGUUAUAGGUUCCCCCCUAGUGCAUAUCUGCCGAAUUACAACUCCCGCUAUGCAGACGUCAGCUACAGCAGCCCCUUCAUGAGAGAUGCUCAUGAAGAGAACCCUGAAAGCAUCCUGGACGACCACGUCCAGCGGGUCAUGAAGACUCCUGGCUGCCAGUCUCCAGGCACGGGCCGCCAUUCUCCUAAGUCCCGCUCACCAGAUGGCUUCCCAGCAGGCAAAGGAUUUGGACUGGGUUUAUCCUCAGGCCAGAGCAAACAUCCACCCAGACACAGUCUCAAGGGAGAGCCCAGUCACCUGUACCAUCACAAGCAUGUGCACCACAUCCAUCACACAGGUGUCGGGAAGCCCAAAGAGCAGGUGGAGGCUGAGGCGGCCACGCGCGUGCACGGCGGUCUGCACUGGGGCAUGGAGACCAGUCAUUAUGGAUCAAAGUCUCGAUAUGCAGAUGGAAUGGGAUCUAGCCCCAUGGAGCACACAGGAUACAGUGCUAAAGGUGGCGCUCAGUGUAAAAGAGCUUUCAAGAAGGGUGAGGAAGGACGGCCGUACGACAUGCCAGGGCCCGCAGAGGAGAUGGAGAAAAACCAGAAGAUCCUUUUGUGGUUAAUGGAAGGACAAAAAGAAAUGGUUCGACAUAAGAGGAGCCCAUACGGGAGUACGACCGGAUCUAAGAAGACCACCGGCCACGAGGGGUCCCGCCUCAGCUCCGCGGAGCGAUCGGCGUCGGUGCAUACGUGCGUCGGCGCCCAGAUGCGUAACGCCGUCCAGCCGUCUCACCCGUUCAUCCAGGAUCCCACCAUGCCCCCCAACCCGGCCCCCAGCCCUCUCAUCCAGCUGGAGGAGGUCUGCCGUCGGCUCGAGGAGGAGAACAUUAAGUCUGGAGCGGUGCAGCCCAAGCAGAGGUAUGUGAUGGAGGUGAUCCAGAGGGGUCGUUCUGCAGUCAGGCCUGCACUGUUCCCUCCACUCAGCGUGGUGCCCGCCGUUUCAGACAGCGAGCUCUCCGAGCCCGAACAUAAAGCCACUAAAAAGCAGCCGUGUGAGAAAAUGACUGUGGCCUAUUACUUCUGCGGCGAGCCCAUCCCGUACACGACGAGCAUCGACAAAGGCAGGGUUGUUACGCUGGGCCAGUUUAAAGAACUGCUGACCAAGAAAGGAAACUACAGGUAUUAUUUCAAGAAGGUAAGCGACGAGUUUGACUGUGGGGUGGUGUUCGAAGAGGUACGUGAAGAUGACGCUAUCUUGCCCAUCUUUGAGGAGAAGAUUAUCGGGAAAGUUGAAAAGAUUUAUUCAAGUGCAUGUUGAAAAA